AUGGCCGUCCUCCAUCUGACCGCUUUUGACACAGGUAUUGGGCGUGCAACUGCAUUGUCGUUCGUACAAGCAGGCUGCACUAAGUUGGCUUUGGUCGAUCUGGACGAGGCCGGCCUAGAAGUCACCAAGAGACUAUUGACAGACACCGUCUGGCCUACUGGUGUAAAUCCUCUGGUGAGGACGUACAAAUGUGACGUGUCCUCGCCUGAGGGUGUCGUUGCCGCCUAUGCCGCAGCCAAGGAGAGCUUUUCCCGCAUUGACUAUUCAGUCCAUUGCGCAGGAAUCAUUGUCUUCGGCGGACCCAGCGCCGACCUGCCCGUGGAGGAUUUCGACAGACAAAACUCCAUCAACUACCGAGGCCUAUGGCUAUGCUCCCGCGAAGCUAUCAGGAUCAUGCGGUCGCAACCUCUUGACUGCGAAGCCUAUCCCGAGGCAAAAAUUCUUCCUUCCCGAGCACAGCGUGGCGCCAUUGUCAACAUCUCCUCUGCUCUCGCGGUCUACGCACAGCCCAAUUGUCCUGCAUAUUGUGGUGCCAAGGCCGGCGUCCUAGCACUCACUCGCUGCGAUGCACUUGACUACGUCGCCGACAGGAUCCGUGUCAAUGCAGUCUUGCCGGGGGUCGUGGACUCGCCCAUGACCAACCCCAGCCCUGAGGUCAGAGCCUGGCUGGAGGCCAACCCGGUGCAGCAUACGCCCAUGAAACGGUUCGGCCAGCCUGAAGAGAUUGCAGAUGUGGCAGUGUUUCUGGCCGGCAACAAAGCAAGUCUGGUUACCGGCGCAAGUUGGACCGUUGACGGAGGCGCUUUAGCCGGUUGGAACUGA